AUGGCAGGCACCAACCGCAAUUUCGACGGGAUCGAGGAAGGCCCGGCCGUCAUCCUCGUCGAGCCGCAGCUUGGCGAGAAUAUCGGCAUGGUCGCCCGCGCCAUGGCCAAUUUCGGGCUGAUCGAUCUGCGGCUGGUGGCGCCGCGCGACGGCUGGCCGAACCAAAAGGCCAAGGCGACCGCAAGCGGCGCCGGCUACGUGCUCGAGCGCGUGCGCGUCUUCGAAACGCUCGCCGAAGCGCUGUCCGACCUGACCUAUGUGGUGGCGACCACGGCGCGCCAGCGCGACGGCUUCAAGCGCGUGCUCGGCCCGGUCGAAGCCUCGGCCAACAUGCGCGCCCGGACCGACGCCGGGCAGUCGGUCGGCAUACUGUUCGGCCGGGAGCGGUUCGGCCUCGACAAUGCGGAAAUCAGCCUUGCCGACGACAUCGUCACCUUUCCGGUCAAUCCCGCUUACGCUUCGCUGAACAUCGCCCAGGCGGUGCUGCUGAUGGCCUAUGAGUUCCUCAAGACGCGCGACGGCCAAGCCGAAACGCUGCCCUUUGCCGGGCCGGAUUUUGCGCCGGCGCCGCGCGCCGAACUGGUCGGCAUGUUCGACCAGCUUGAGACCGCGCUCGAUGUGCGCGGCUAUUUCCGCCCGCCCGAACGGAAGCCGGCGCAGGUCGACAAUCUGCGCGCGGUCCUGUCGCGUCCCGGUUUCUCCACCGAGGAGAUCCGGCUCCUGCGCGGGGUGAUCUCCUCGCUCGACCGGACGAUCCGCGCCGCCGGCCGGCGCCGCCUUCCGGCAAAAAGGCCGCCGGCGAUGGCUGAGCUGCGCGAUCCGUCGGUCCUGUUCUUCGACAGCGGCAUUGGCGGCCUGUCGGUGGUCAAGGAAGCGCGCAUCAUCCUGCCCGGCCUGCGCCACAUCUACGUCGCCGACGAUGCCGCUUUUCCCUAUGGCGCAUGGGACGAGGCCGAACUCCUCGAUCGCAUGACGGGCCUGUUCGAAACGCUCAUCGAGGCUUUCCGGCCCGGCCUGAUCGUCAUUGCCUGCAAUACGGCGUCGACGCUGGCGAUCGGGCAUUUGCGGCGGGCGUUUCCGGACCAGGUCUUCGUCGGCACGGUGCCGGCCAUCAAACCCGCCGCCGAACGCACGCGGUCGGGCCUGGUUUCCGUGCUGGCAACGCCCGGAACCGUGCGGCGGCAAUAUACGCGCGACCUGAUCCGCCAAUAUGCCGGCCAGUGCCAUGUCCGGCUGGUCGGCAGCGAGCAUCUGGCCGAACUCGCCGAGGACUAUAUGCGCACCGGCUUUGUCGACGAGGAGGCGGUGCGCCGUGAGAUCGCGCCAUGUUUUGUCGAGGAAAAUGGCCGGCGCACCGACAUCGUCGUGCUCGCCUGCACCCAUUACCCGUUUCUCGCCAACCGGAUGCGCAAGACCGCGCCCUGGCCGGUCGACUGGAUCGACACGUCCGAGGCGAUCGCCCGCCGGACGCUGACGCUGGUCGAGCAGAUGCAGUUCGGCCCGCGCGACUUCUCGCUGCCGGACAUUGCCGUCUUCACCUCGGACGACCCGCGCACCGAGGUGAUGCGGCUCGCUUCCGGAUUUGGCCUUUCGACCGUGCCGUUUCCGGACUGA